CGGGGUAUGGGGGGCAUUCACCAUGGAUAUGAUGAAGAGGAGGACCAGCAGAACAUCUACAUCGGUGUCCCGGUGCCUCGUGGGUACAGACGGAAACGCCGGCGAAGACGUUCUGCGGGGGGCCGUGAGGCAGCAGACAAGGAGAGGGACAGACACUACGACCACCAUAGACACCAUGACCAUGAUGACAGAGACAGAUACAGGGACCUGGAGGAGGGACUCAUGGACCCACAUGACCUCCAAGUUCCUCAAGACAUCAACCGCACAAUGUCCCCUGCAGCUGAGCGGCUGCGCUAUAUCCUGGGAGAGGAGGAUGACAUGCCCACCCCCACACUGUUCACUGAGAUGGACACGCUGCAGCAGGACGGGGAUGAGCUGGAGUGGAAAGAGUCUGCUAGGUGGGUGAAGUUUGAAGAGAAGGUGGAGGAGGGAGGAGAGAGGUGGAGCAAGCCCCAUGUGUCCACCCUGUCCCUGCACAGUCUGUUUGAGCUGAGGACCUGUAUACAGACCGGCACUGUGCUGCUUGAUCUGGAGGGAUACUCACUGCCACAGAUAGUUGAUGAAAUCAUUGAGCAGCAGGUAGACGAGGGCAUGCUAUCUCCUGACCUGAGAGAGAAGAUCAGCUUUGUCCUCCUGAGGAAGCACAGGCACCAGACCAAAAAGCCCAUCCACCGCUCUCUGGCUGACAUGGGCAAGGCCAGCGGUGGUGGUGCCCCCCGUAGUCCAGGUGCAGCAGCCGCAUUCAACCGCUCCACAGAAGACCUCCGCAUGAAAUCACAGCCAGGAGGCUAUGGUCGUCUGCGUCAUGCCCAAAGUAGGAGCAUGAAUGACAUUUCAGACACUCCGAGCACAGACCAGCUAAGGAAUAAGUUCAUGAAAAAGAUCCCUAGAGAUGCUGAGGCAUCUAAUGUUCUGGUGGGUGAAGUGGACUUCCUGGAUAAGCCCUUUGUAGCCUUUGUCCGUCUGGCCCAGGCCACCACUCUGGGAGGACUGACAGAGGUUCCUGUGCCCACCAGAUUCCUGUUUAUUCUGUUGGGGCCAACAGGAAAAGCCAAGUCCUAUAAUCAGAUCGGUCGAGCCAUAGCUACCCUAAUGGUGGAUGACCUGUUCAGUGAUGUGGCGUACAAGGCUAGAGAUCGAGAGGAUCUGAUUGCAGGUAUAGAUGAGUUCCUGGAUGAGGUGAUCGUGCUGCCGCCCGGAGAGUGGGACCCCAAAAUACGUAUUGAGCCUCCUAAAAAAGUGACCUCGGCUGACAAGAGGAAGUCAGUGUUCUCUCUGAAUGAGCUGGGUCAGCCAAAUGGUGCGGCCGGAGGAGGUGGAGGCCUUGCUGAGGAUGAGGAGAUGCCAGUGGCUCACGAACUGGGAGAGGAGCUGGCACACACUGGGAGGUUCUGUGGAGGUCUGUUUCUUGACAUCAAGAGAAAAAUACCCUGGUUGCUUAGUGACUUCUAUGAAGGCUUUCACAUCCAGUCUAUCUCUGCUGUGCUGUUCAUCUACCUGGGCUGCAUUACCAACGCCAUCACCUUCGGAGGCCUGCUGGGAGACGCCACAGACAACUACCAGGGUGUGAUGGAGAGUUUCCUGGGCACAGCGUUGUCAGGAACAGUAUUCUGUCUGUUUAGUGGUCAGCCCCUCAUCAUCCUCAGCUCUACUGGACCUAUCCUCAUCUUUGAGAAACUGCUCUUCGAAUUCAGCAAGAACAAUGGUAUAGACUACAUGGAGCUGCGUCUGUGGAUCGGGAUCCACUCCUGUCUGCAGUGCUUCCUCCUGGUCGCCACGGACGCCAGCUACAUCAUCAAGUACAUGACCCGCUUCACAGAGGAGGGCUUCUCCAGCCUCAUCUCCUUCAUCUUCAUCUCUGACGCCAUCAAGAAGAUGAUGGGCUCCUUCAAAUACUACCCCAUCAACACCGACUUCAAGCCAGACUAUGUCACCGCCUACAAGUGCGAGUGCCUGGCCCCAGACCCCAUGCCAGUGCCAACUGAUAACACCUCUAGUCUCUUUGGAUUAAACAUCACAGGCCUGGACUGGAGCCAGCUCAGUAAGAAGGAGUGUGUGAAGUACGGAGGCUCUCUGGUGGGCAACACCUGUAAGUACGUCCCUGACCUGGCCCUCAUGUCCUUCAUCCUGUUCUUCGGGACCUACUCCAUGACCGUCUCCCUCAAGAAGUUCAAGUUCAGUCGCUACUUCCCCACCAAGCUGCGGAAGCUCAUCAGUGACUUCUCCAUCUUCAUGGCCAUUAUGACCUUUGUCGGUCUGGACAGGUUAAUUGGGCUCAAAACCCCCAAGCUCAUCGUUCCCACAGAAUUUAAGCCCACACGUCCCGACCGGGGUUGGAUAGUGCUGCCGUUUGGGAAGAACCCAUGGUGGGUGUAUUUGGCCAGCUUUGUCCCUGCUCUCCUGGUCACCAUCCUCAUCUUCAUGGACCAGCAGAUCAGUGCUGUCAUUGUCAACCGGAAGGAGAACAAACUGAGGAAAGGGUGUGGCUACCACCUGGACCUGUUCUGGGUGGGGGUGUUGAUGGCUGCCUGCUCCUUCUUGGGCCUUCCCUGGUACGUGGCCGCCACUGUCAUCUCCAUCGCCCACAUUGAUUCACUGAAGAUGGAGAGUGAGUCCAGCGCCCCUGGGGAGCAGCCUCAGUUCCUGGGUGUCAGGGAGCAGAGACUGACAGGGAUUCUGGUGUUUGUUCUCACUGGAGUCUCCAUCUUCUUGGCUCCCGUUCUACAGUUCAUACCCAUGCCAGUGCUCUAUGGUGUGUUUCUCUACAUGGGCGUGGCAUCUCUCAGUGGCAUUCAGUUCUGGGAGAGGAUCAAGUUGUACAUGAUGCCGUCCAAGUACCAGCCAGACUUCCCUUUCCUGCGUCACGUGCCUCUGAGGAGGGUCCACCUCUUCACCCUGGUCCAGAUCAUCUGUCUGGCUGUCCUUUGGGUGCUCAAGUCCACCGUCCUGGCCAUCCUCUUCCCUGUCAUGAUCCUGGGGUUGCUGGUGGUGCGUAAGAUGCUGGACAUGGUGUUCUCUCAACACGACCUCGCCUGGAUAGAUGAUAUCCUGCCUGGGAAAGACAAGAAGAAGAAGGGUGAUAAAGAUGACACAAAGAAGAAAGACAAGAAGAAAGGGAGAUCAGACGACAGUGAAGACGAGGAGAAGUACCACGCGUACUCCAACUGCUCGCCCAGCUCUGAGUCUGACGUGGACCGCAGCAUCACCUUGCAUCUGAAGAUCUCCUGCCCAUCGUCCCCGGCGGUGCCUAUGGCCCACGGCCGUGGCAUGGCCUUCCCCGUGCCCCAGGUGAAGAUCGAGAUGGAGUCGGACUACGACACAGACACUGACCACCCCCGCCACAGGGACAUGAGCAGCGAAACAACGCUGUAGGCACUGACUACAGUGUGACAGAGCAGUGGCAUACGUGGGUCGAACGCGGACGCUCUACAGUACAUAGCUUUAGAGCGCUGACCCACUCACACAUUAUGACUCUUCUAGAAUGCCUGCAGAGGACAGUGCAAGGUGUCAUGGACUAACAGCUGACAGCAUAUGACACCUAAUGUAAAGAAAUUAGAUGCUGGGAAUACAUGUACAUGGAAUAACUUAGCUUGAAUGUACAGUGCAUUUAUACUUGAUCUGAUUCCUCAUAUAGCUGUCCAUUUUGAUGUGUCCAAAGUCCAAGCAACAGCUUCUGCUUUUAACCUAGGAGGCUCUUUGCUGUCGUAAAUUGUCAUGGAUAUCUCUGUUGAGAACAUGUUGACUGUAUAAUCUUCAGGACACGUGUAGCUUUAGAAACAACGUAGAGGGAUAUAGGAGAAAGGUGGAGUGAAGGAUCUCCUCUGUAUGUGCUGUAUAUAAGAAUAUAUUUUAUGUCAAGAUAUUUCUAUUUCUAUAAAUAUAUAGAGUACCAGUCAAAGGUUUGGACACACCUACUCAUUCAAGGGUUUUUCUUUAUUUGUACUAUUUUCUACAUUGUAGAAUAAUAGUGAAGAGAUCAACACUAU